AUGUGCCGACUCCAGAAGCCUCUCCGUCAGGCGUGCGAGCUGCCGGCGGUGCAGAGCGAGCACAGCCACUAUGUCUGCGAUGACAACGGCGAGCCCAGAUGCGUGCAGGGCUGGCAGGGGGACCUCUGCGACGUGCCCAUUUGCAAGAAGGGCUGCGACCCGCUGCAAGGGUAUUGCAACAGACCAGGGGAGUGCCGUUGCAAAUUAGGCUUCUACGGCGAACGCUGCAACAAGUGCAUACCGUUGCCGGGCUGUCAGCACGGCUAUUGCAACGUCUCCUUCGAGUGCCAGUGCCGCCCUGGAUGGGACGGGAUCUUCUGUUCGGAACCCAUAUGCCGCUCCGACUGCCAUGCUACCCGGGGCUACUGCGAGGGUCCAGGGGAGUGCAGGUGCCGCCUCGGCUGGGCAGGGCCCACCUGCCGCGCCUGUCAGCCGCUGCCAGGCUGCCAACACGGCUACUGCGACAAACCGCUUGAGUGCAAAUGUCUACCCGGCUACACUGGGCUCCUCUGCCAGACACCGAUUUGUGCCCCCGGUUGCCACGGGGAACGCGGGUAUUGCAGGAGACCUGGCGAGUGCCGUUGCAAGGUCGGCUGGACGGGCCAGAACUGCACCCAGUGUCACAGGUACCCUGGCUGCGUGCAUGGGACGUGCAACAGGCCUUGGGAGUGCCUCUGCAAGCAGGGCUGGGGCGGCAUGCUGUGCGAUGAAGAGUUGAACUACUGCGAGAAGCACCCAGACACGUGCAAGAACGGGGGCAAAUGCCAGUCGUUGGAGUCGGGCGACGGCCUGUUCAGGUGCAACUGCCCCCCUGGGAUUAGCGGCAAACACUGCGAGAACCUCCCGGACAGCAUGACCACCACGCCGGCCGAGAGCGAGACCGCCGUGUCGGCGUCUGAGGCGUCGGCAGAAGCCGAAGUCGACGCAUCGACUAAAUCGCCGGACAUUAAUGAGAACGAGACUGAA